AUGCCGGAUCCUCCAUCUAGCUCAAACUUUGAACCUCCUCCACAAAACAAUGAAUCAUCUUCUCGAAAGCGCCGGCGCUUCAAAUCACCUAAUACCCAGACCAACACAUCAUCUGCCGGCCCUAGCAAAAAGUCGCGUCGCUCUCACAAGGCCACCCCAAAACCUACAGGCAAAGAGAAGAGGAAAAGUGAUAUGUAUCAUAUCAAAAGUGGUGAUAUUCCAGAUGAUGCGAGGGGGCUUAAGCGCGCAUUUGAAAUUCAUAUCCGCAUUUUGUGGAAUUCCUUGUCAGAAAGUGUCGCUCCCGAGACUCCAAGCAAUAUUGAUAUUGCGAACUUUAUGAAACGAUUUUCUAGUCAUAAACAAGUUGAUGAAGUCUUGAAUCAGCCCAAAGUUUCUCUCUCUCGUGAAUCUCUCGAGUCCGUGGUAUCCCUUCGAAAAACAUGCCAGCUAGAUCCUGGAACCAUUGCGAGUGCAGUUGCUCAAGUUAGCGACCAUAGUCUACGUAUGACAUUCAGUGUUCUGAGCUCAUUUGGUCUCACGAAGUGGCGUCCUGAUGUGCUUGGUGCUUCACCAACAUCAUUCUACAACCUUGCUAUAGAAAGCAUUGCUAUUUCAAGCUUUGAGCUUGGACUACAGAACGGAGGCUAUGUAUACUUCGAGCCGAAUUUAGAGUAUAUCGAUAACACAGCAUUUCUCUGCCAGAUCUACCGGAACUACGUCUACUCACAUCUCAGGAAAUUGAUCCUGAAGAAGUCGAGGGAGAAAGGAAGACUAGCUUCUGAUGCAGUGAAAAGGGUAAUGUACAAGCGGCGGAAAAAGCUUAUGAAAUCUCGUAUCAAGUAUGCUCAAGAUUCAGGCUUCAAUAACCGAAUCAAGAGUUUGAUUGCAGAGCCUGAGUGUAACUCUGAAGACGAAGAUGCCGACGAUGGAUCGCUUCACAUAUUGGUGAAGAACCUUCGCAGUGAAAAUACAUCACAUUUCAUUGCACACGAAAUUGACAAAGGUAUCCGCACAGUCGCUGAAUUGUCAGGAUCGAAACGACAUUCCUACAAGAAAAAGACACGAAAACCUCAUCCGGACAAUAAGAAGUCAAUUUUCAGGAAGCUCCCGAAGAAUUGUGCUCUUGACUGGUUUCAGCCGGAGCAGUUCAACUCUCUUCCCGCCCAGAUCCGGAAGCGUUAUGUGGAUGCACAUAUUGCUUUACCACCUUUCGAGAAGCGAAAGAAGUUGAAGGUAGCUGAGUGGGGCUUAUUAUCGGAGGAUAGUUUCAUGAAGAAGUAUGGGAAUGAAGUCCGGAAGCUAUAUAAGUUCCCAACAAAGGAGGAGUUGGAAGCAAUGGAGAAUGGUCAGUCUGAUUCAGAUAUGUCUUCGGACAAUGAUGAUGCUAUGGAUGAGGAUGGGGAUGAGGGUGAGGCAGUAUGA